AUGUUUUUGGAGUCACAGUUGGUUUUUAUAGUUCGAUACAGUCAUGAAAUUCUACAGCUUUCUAUUGCUGCUCUGGCUGCAGAAAACAAUCGAAGGCAUCGAGGACAAUGCAACGAAGUCAGUUGGGACUCUCGAUUUGGAGAAGGAGUUGGUCAAGCAGCAGGUGUCGGUGCGUCGUCGUCGCAAGGAUGCCUAUCGCUUUGGCACCGGCCACAUUUGCAGCGGCUUUCUGAUUGCCCCUCACGCUGUGCUCUCGGCGGCGCAUUGUUUUAUUGACCAAAGUCAUUACGAUGGCAGCUUUGUCAACAAGUUGGACAUUAUCGUUGUGCUGGGCACCGACAAUCGCUUCAUGGAGUCGGAUAACACACAGAUCUUUGAGCUCGACGAUAUUAUGAUGCCGCAGCGCAAGUUCAAUCUGAGCAGCUACAGUCAGGAUAUUGCUUUGCUGUUGCUUAAGGGAUUCGUUUGUGGCGUGCAAUCGUUGCCACUAGCAACUGCCACGUUUCCAGCGAACAGCAGUUGCCAGCUCAUUGGCUGGGAUCCCCGACCGAAGCCGAUAUAUAAAAUGGACUUGCUGCUCAAGAUGAAAGUGUUGCUGAUGGACAAGGAGCAGUGCAUGCAACAGCUGCAACUUGUGGGACAGUUGAAUGCGGAUCGCAAUUGCUUCGAGCAACAACAAUCGACGGAUGCCACAUGCCUCACGGACACUGGCGGACCACUUGUGUGCCACGCACACAUUGCGGGCAUUGUUUCGUGGGGCAUCAAGUGUGACGACUCUCGACUGCCUGCGGUUUACACCGAAAUCAGCUUCUAUCGCAGGUGGCUGGACGCUGUUAUGCCAAAGGGUUCUCUGACAGUGGAACGUCAGUGCUUUGAUAGCUUUAAUGAAAUUCCGCAAGCGAAGAGUGAACCAGUUGCAGCAAAAUCCACGGCCAUGAAAUUGACAAUUACCAACAUGCAAAGUGUUUUCAGUGCCUUGGUCUAUUUGCUAAGCAUUUUUAAAAAAGUAUAGCAUACUUUUAAGCGUUCAAAUAAUUAUCAACUGUAUUUCAAACGUGACGAAUAAAUAAUGAACUGUGC